AUUACGUAUGGUCUACAGUUGAUAUAGCUUCUCACCUUCUUAAAUGUUCUACAAUAGAUGUUCCUUCAACUUUAUCAGAUCAUUCGAUUGUUAUACUCAAAUGCGAAAAUUUUCUCGAUAUCAAACAAAACAAGCGGAAGAUACCUCUGAAGAAGACCUUCAACUUCGAUAAAAUGACCACAGAACUUUGGAUUCAAUUUAUUAUUGAUGACAAUUGGACAUCAAAUGUAAAGCGAUUUUAUAUUAUUAUGGAAGAAUUCCACUUCCAAUUUGUUCAAUUACCACCACUUCCGUCUAUUGCUUUAGUGCAGUCGCUCAUAUCUUAUGUAGAUCAAAUUUUAGCCGCCAUUUUU